AUGUCCGAAUUUAUUCCUCUAGUUAUUGACAUCCUAACUUGUUUGUGUGGUUAUUGCGCCAAAUGGGCCGAUUCAAUACGCAAUCUUGGAGAAAGCCUCAACUCUUUGGAAAGUGCUUCAAAGCAACUCGAUGAUAUGUAUCGUGAUGUCAAGAUGAAGGUCGAAGCAGCAGAGCAGAACCCAAGGCUGACGGUUUUGAAUCGGGUGAGGGGUUGGAUGCGCAGAGAAGAAGAGCUACGAAAGGAAGUCGAAGAAAUUGUGAAGCAAGGUCGUCGAGAAAUACAAGCCAAAUGUUUCGGAGGUCAUUGUCCCAAGAAUUGUUGGGCUAUCUACAAGCUACAAAAUAUGGUUGACCAAAAGCUGAGUGACGUUGAUGAUCUUAAAAGCGAAGGCCAUUUUGAUGAUGUAGCAGAAAAGAUUCCCCGUUAUAGGUUCGAUGAACUUCCUGUGGCUAAGCUUGUAGGGGUAGAAUCAACAUUUGAGAAGCUAUGUUCAUGCUUUGAGAACAAUCCGAGAGGCAUCAUUGGUUUGUGGGGAAUGGGAGGGGUAGGCAAAACGAGUCUGCUCAGGAAAUUCAACAACGAUUUCCUCUCAAAAAAAGCAAACAUCGUAGUCAUCUUGGUUGUAGCAUCGAAAGAUGCAAAUGAAGGAAAAAUUCAAGAUGCCAUUUGGAAGAAAUUGAAUGUCCCAGAUGAUACUUGGGAUAAUAAGACGGUGGAUGAAAGAGCUGUUCUGUUAUGCAAUAUCUUAAAGAACAAGGCAUUUGUGUUAUUAUUAGAUGACGUGUGGGGCUGGAUUGACCUGUUGAAAUUGGGGGUUCCUUUCCCUAAUAAUCAUGAAUGCAAGAUAAUAUUUACAACUCGGUUAAAAGUGGUUUGCGGUCAAAUGGGUGCGGAUGCAGAUGGAAGCAUCCCAGUAAAUUGCCUCCCACCAGAUGAAGCAUACGACUUGUUCAAGGAGAAAGUGGGCGUUACUACUCUUGAAAAACCUAAUAUAUUGCCUCUUGCAAAGCAAGUGGUGAAAGAAUGCAAAGGCUUGCCACUUGCUCUUUGUACUGUUGGACGUGCCAUGACUAGUAAAGAGACUCCUGAUGAAUGGAAGCGUAGUUUAGAAAUUUUGAGGAGGAAUCCCUCAGAGGUCCAAGGUAUAGUUGAUGAAGUCUAUCACUUACUUGAAUUCAGUUAUGAUAGAUUGCCAAAUGAUACCUACAAAUCAUGCUUUUUGUAUUGUGCUCUGUUCCCUGAGGACUAUAACAUUGAAAAACGAGAGCUUAUUUUGCUCUGGAUUGCUGAAGGCUUUUUGGCUAAAUCUGAUUAUGAUAUUCAUGAAGCACAUAAGCAAGGAGAAGAUAUAAUUUCACGUCUAAAGUAUGCUUGCUUAUUGGAAAAUGGUGAGGAAGAAGAUACAAUUAAGAUGCAUGAUGUGAUCAGAGAUACAGCUCUCUGGCUAGCUUGUGAUCACAAGGAAACGACAAGAUUCAUUGUAAGAGAUUAUUCCAAGACAAGUGGGCUUGAAGUAUACAAUCAUCCGAUGUGGAAAGAGGUAGAAAAGCUAUCAAUGUGGGGCAAGGCUGAUGUGAGCAGAAACUUCUCACAAAAACCUCAUUGUCCUAAUCUCGUGACUCUGCUUAUUAGAAAUACUUGGAUAAAAGUCUUUCCAACUGAGGUAUUCGUCCUUCCAAGUACUGUCAGAGUUCUGGACCUUUCUUCUAAUUGGGAAAUAAAAGAUGUACCAUCAGAAAUAGGGGACUUUGUAAACCUCGAACACAUGAACCUAUCAUAUACUGGUAUAAGAAAAUUGCCAGAGGAGUUGAAGAAUUUGAAGAAGCUGAAGGUCCUGUUGCUGGACGGAAUAAGAGUGCGUUCAGUCCGAGAGAUCUUGUUGGACGGAAUAAGAGUGCAUUUUGUCCCAGGGGGCUCCUUGCUGGACGAAACAGAAUGGCUUGAAUUCCCAGAGAAAGUUAUAUCCGGUUUGUUAUCCCUUCAAGCUUUUAGCAUGAGAUGGUCAGAAAUUCGAGGGAUUGAUGAAAAUGUGUUGUUGAAUGAGCUAGAAAGCUUAGAUCAUCUUCAGGAUAUACGCAUUGCUGUCUUUAACACAUCCUCUAUUGAAAAAAUACUGAUCUCCUCAAAAUUGCAAAGGCGCAUAUGUGAGCUACAUGUUGAAAGAGUACACUCAUCACUCCACGACUUGUUCUCAUCACUUGGAAAGAUGGAGCAUGUUGAAACAUUACGAGUUUAUUAUUCUGAAGCUGUGGAUAUUCCGAGGCGCUCAUUUUGGGGACCUGACUAUAGAAUCACCCUUUGCAAGUUAGUUCUCCACAGGUGUGGUAAUAUACUUGACUUGAGCUGGCUUAUACAUGCUCAAAACCUUGAAUUCCUCGAACUAGCCUCUUGUGAUUCAUUGGUGGAAGUUAUAAGUAGUCAAGAUUUUGGCACUGAGAUGCAGAAAAGUACUCUAUUUUGCAGUCUCACUUAUCUUCAGUUGGAAGAUCUGACGAAAUUAAGGAGCAUUUGUAAAAUGGCAAUACAGUUUCCUUGUUUGAAGGUGAUUGAAGUAACGAACUGCCCCAAUUUGAAGAAGCUCCCAUUUAAUUCUCAAAGUGCAUUGAAUAAUCUGCAACGCUUUUCUGUGGGCUCUCUUGAUGAUCGGUGGUUGGAUCAGUUGGAAUGGGAAGACGAAGCUACCAAGCAUCUUCUUUCUUCAAAAUUGAAAAAAGGUAAUUACUUUUCCCAACUAAAUGCAAUCAGUUAA